CAGUAAUCUAAGAAUUCUUUCCUUGAGUGCCAAUAAACUUGGAGGUAAUGUACCUAAAAUCAUGGCCAAUCUCUCAAAUCAACUCACUGAAUUGUUCGUGGGAGCAAACCAACUGUCAGGAACCAUUCCACAAGGAUUUGGAAACUUUGUCAACCUAAUUCAACUUGGCCUUGAAUUGAACUCUUUUUCAGGGAUUAUUCCAAGAGAUUUUGGCAAGUUACCAAAUUUGCAAGGAUUGCGUUUUGACAAUAAUCAAUUUUCAGGACAGAUAGCCUCUACCCUAUGCAACAACACCAAUCUAUUCUAUCUGGACUUAUCAUUUAACCAGUUUGAAGGGUGCUAUAUAUUUGACAAUGUUCUUAUGAACUGUCAAAAUUUGCAAUAUCUGGAUAUAUCUCAAAACAACUUCACUGGAAUUAUAUCACCACAUUUUCUGCAGACGCACUCAUCACUGAUUGCUAUGGUAUUAAGUGAAAAUUCUUUCACUGGUUCUCUGCCUCCUGAAGUUGGAAAGCUUGUACAUUUGGUGAAUUUCUCGGUUUCCCACAACCAACUUGCUGGAGCUAUACCCAUCUCACUUGCUGACUGUUCAGAUCUGGAGAAUCUUUAUAUGGAAGCCAAUUUUUUCCAAGGACCAAUUCCACCAAAUUUGGCUUCUUGGAAGAGCAUCCAGCAAUUAGACCUUUCAAGUAAUAACUUGACCGGUCCAAUACCCAGAGAACUUGAGAAGCUUCACUCUUUGAGCUACUUAAACCUUUCCUACAACGACAUCGAGGGCAAGAUACCAAACACUGGAAUUUUCAGUAAUGCAAGUCAAAUAUCAUUGACUGGCAACAACAAACUCUGUGGAGGCAUUCCAGAAUUGGAGUUCCCACCUUGCCCAGUGAUUAAGGGGAAAAACAGAGGAAAGCUGAAGGUUAUCAUAUUGCUGUCCAUUGUUUUACCAACAGCGCUUCUGGUUCUCGGUGCAAUGUUGUUAUAUUUCUUGGUAUAUCAUAAAGGAGAAAGAAGAAUGGUGGCAGGAUUCUCUAGCAUGCCCCCAAGAAUCGAUGAGCUCUUGCGGCUUUCUUACCAUGAACUUCUUCGUGCAACUUCUGGAUUUUCACCAGAAAACUUAAUUGGUUCAGGAAAUUUUGGAUCUGUCUACAAAGGAAGGCUAGAAAAACAUGGCAACAAGCUUGUAGCAAUUAAAGUUCUCGAUCUUCGAAAGAAUGGCGCUUCCAAAAGUUUUAAGGCCGAGUGCAAAACAUUGCGAAACAUUCGCCAUAGAAACCUCGUUUCUAUCGUGAGUUAUUGCUCUAGUAUUGAUUCCAAGGGUGAUGAAUUCAAAGCUCUAAUCUAUGAGUUCAUGGAAAAUGGAAAUCUGGACCUGUGGCUGCAUCCUUCAGAGACAACUGAUCAGGCAACAAGCUCAAGAAGUCUUAAUCUUUCUCAGAAGCUGAACAUUGCAAUUGAUGUAGCUUCAGCAUUGCAGUAUCUUCAGAACCACUGCGAAGCUGAGAUUGUUCACUGUGAUCUAAAACCAAGUAACAUUCUUCUUGACAAUGAUCUCGUUGCUCAUGUGGGUGAUUUUGGAUUGGCAAGGCUUCUCCCAAAACCCGUCAACACUUCUUCCGAGCAAAGAACCAGCAGUACUAUUGCCAUAAAAGGAUCAAUCGGUUAUGCAGCUCCAGAGUAUGGAAUGGGUCUUGUGGCAUCAACUCAAGGGGAUGUCUACAGCUACGGCAUUCUUUUGCUAGAGAUGAUUACAGGAAGGAGGCCAACAGAUGAUAUAUUCGUGGGUGACCUUGAUCUGCAUAACUAUGUUAAUGGGGCUUUGCAUGAACAAGUUUCUGAGAUCGUGGACUCGUUGCUUCUUCUUGAAGGAGAUGAAAACAGAAAUAUGACUCCUGGAGGGGAAACCAUUAAUGGUGGAAGAGAGAUUGAUUGCAUUAUUUCCCUGCUGAAAAUUGGACUUAAGUGCUCUGCAAGAUUACCAAAUGACAGGAUGCAUAUGAAUGAAGUUGUCAGAAAAUUACAUCUCAUUAAGGAUGUUUUCCUUGGUGUCAGGGUGCAUCAAGAAAAUUUUGAAGCUUAAUAUCUACAGCUGCUUACAGUUCUGAAUCUCCAAGCUGAAGUUGUUCAUUGGGAGAGCUAAUGAAGAAGACACCUUUGGCUUUUUAUUUGAAAAUAAAAAUAAAUGGAUGAUUCAAACAUAUUCCUGUAGUCUUUCUUUUUAAGAAUUAGAUGUUCUGGGAGGCAGUAAAUUGGUUCAAUUCUACUUGAACAUCUUAAUGCUUCCAUAUUAUGCUUGGAUCUAGUGCUUGAAUAAUAUGCAAUGCAUUAUACUUACAA